AGGAAUCAGAGACGGACACACCCUAAGGAACCAAUUCUCUCUCUCUCUCUCUCUCUCUUUCUCUCCCUCUCAGUGAGAUUAUUUAGAAGGAGAAGGAGAAGAAGAAGAAGAAGAAGAAGAAGGCAUGGCUCGUGAGCUGACAGAAGAACAGAUCGUUGAGUUCAGAGAAGCCUUCGGUCUCUUCGACAAGGACGGAGAUGGUUGCAUUACCAUGGAAGAAUUGGCAACGGUGAUAAAAUCGUUGGAUCAGAACCCGACCGAGAAGGAGUUGCAGGACAUGAUCAGCGAAGUCGAUGCCGAUGGUAACGGCACCAUCGAGUUCGCUGAGUUCUUGACCUUGAUGGCCAACAAAGUCAAGGAGACUGAUGCAGAGGAAGAACUGAGAGAGGCUUUCAAAGUGUUUGACAAGGACCAGAACGGCUACAUAUCUGCAAAUGAGCUAAGGCACGUCAUGAUCAACCUCGGGGAAAAGCUAACCGAUGAAGAGGUGGAACAGAUGAUUAGAGAGGCCGAUUUAGAUGGCGAUGGUCAGGUUAACUAUGAAGAGUUCGUGAAGAUGAUGAUAACAGCUUGAAGAAUUAGUACAUAUUAAAGCAUUAAAAACCGAAAGAAAAAAAAAACAUUAUUAAGGAAAAAUACUGCAAGGGCUCAUUUGAAAUUCGUUUGUUCUCUGUAUUAUUCAUUUCGUGGUGUUGUUCCUCCAUACACCAACAUCUAGAAUCUACAAUUAAUGUGACUGUAGGAUCAUCUCCUGUUCCACCUGUGUAUUCUUUCAUAUUUCUUGGAAAAAGAAAAACAUGUGUGUCACCACAUGAUAUAUCGAUCAUAUGUUAUAAGGAAAAAUAAAGAUAAAUUGUUAAUUUAUGAA